AAUUCCAUUGUUUGAUUGACAAUUUUAAUUGUUACUAAUCGUUCGCGACCAUUAAGACCUGAACGUUCCACCCGGCAAAACAUUGGAAAUGAAAAUAUAUCUUUUUCUAACAGCACUGACUUGCCUAUGGAGUGCCGCAAAUUCCCGAAAAGUAGUAUGGACUCUACCAUUAGAUCAAGCAAAGGUCAUUUACCAUCAUCAGAAAAUCUGCCUAACUGUAAAAGGGGUAGAAAACUGCAUUAAGAAAGACAAGGAACCAGGCGAUCCUCAGGAGUUAGCGAAAAUGUUCUCCAUCGUCCACGAAUAUGAAUCUGGUGGUGAUGGUGACGCUGAUGCUGGUACUGGGUCGGCAGAAGUAGAAUCGUUACAUGACUUCCCCGAUACCGCGUCAACCGCUGACGACGAUAUGGACGAUCGGACAAGUGAUGACGACACGGAAGGCGGUGAACCCGAGGACUUAAAUCACGCUGAUGCAUCCGAAUUCCAUGAUAACGAUAACGGGGAUGACCCUUUGGCGGUACAAAGUGCCGAAGACAACCAGUAGUAGAAAGAGCAACCGUGAAGGUUCUGGCCAUGAAGGCACUAAGUACAACGUAGUAUUCAAAUUAAAAAUAAU